CCUCGCUGCUGCUGCCACCAUCUCGGAGCCGAGCCCUGUGGAACGGAAACCGGAGCCGGAGCGGGAAGCGGAGCGGAGGCGAGCCGGGGAUGCGGCCCCGGAACGGAGCUGCGCGCGAACUGCGCGCCCGGAACGCCUCCUGCGCCCACAGGCCCUGAGGCUCUGGUGCCCACCGGCAAAGAGGGCAACUGAGUGAAGCCCAGGCUGACCCCCAGCCCAGUUGCACCCCCAAACGCCUGCCUGAUGAGGAAUCCCAUGGCCAGGUCCUGGCUGCCCUGAACCUGUGGGGCCACACCGCCUGCCGCCCGCAUCCCAGGGCUCUGGCCUGAUCCAGCCCCUGGACCAGCUCGUCCUCACUCAGGUCUGGUCCAAGGGGACUCAAGCCUCAGGACUCAACAGGGCACAGCAGCAGUCACGUGCAUGCUGGGACCGCGACGGACAGGUUGCUGCUCGCCGGGCCCCCAGAGGCCACUCUGUUUGCCUCCUGGUGCAGUCUAACCCAGGCUGAGAACCCAGAGGCCCUGGCAUCUCGAGGCCCCCAGCAAGGGCAGCAACACCUCCAUGCCAAGGAGCUCAUGCCGUGUGUGCGGGGGGUCCCUGCAGUCCCCGAGGAGCACUCAGUGGGAACACCAUGAAAUGCUCAUACUGGAAACCUAAGAUAACUACACCUACCAACUGUGCUGCAGCUGACCCCAAAUUAGGUAAGCAAGAGGAUGCCGGCUGGGGGCGUCAGGAGCAUGCCCAGUCCCCUCCUGGCCUGCUGGCAGCCCAUCCUCCUGCUGGUGCUGGGCUCCGUGCUGUCAGGCUCAGCCACGGGCUGCCCGCCCCGCUGCGAGUGCUCCGCCCAGGACCGCGCGGUGCUGUGCCACCGAAAGCGCUUUGUGGCCGUGCCAGAGGGGAUCCCCACUGAGACCCGCCUGCUGGACCUGGGCAAGAAUCGCAUCAAAACACUCAACCAGGACGAGUUCGCCAGCUUCCCCCACCUGGAGGAGCUGGAGCUCAAUGAGAACAUCGUGAGCGCCGUGGAACCCGGCGCUUUCAACAACCUCUUCAACCUCCGGACGCUGGGGCUCCGCAGCAACCGCCUGAAGCUCAUCCCCCUGGGUGUCUUCACCGGCCUCAGUAACCUGACCAAGCUGGACAUCAGCGAGAACAAGAUCGUCAUCCUGCUGGACUACAUGUUCCAGGACCUGUACAACCUCAAGUCGCUGGAGGUCGGCGACAACGACCUGGUCUACAUUUCCCACCGAGCCUUCAGCGGCCUCAACAGCUUGGAGCAGCUGACGCUGGAGAAAUGCAACCUGACCUCCAUCCCCACCGAGGCGCUGUCGCACCUGCACGGCCUCAUCGUCCUGAGGCUCCGGCACCUCAACAUCAACGCCAUCCGGGACUAUUCCUUCAAGAGGCUGUACAGGCUCAAGGUCUUAGAGAUCUCCCAUUGGCCCUACUUGGACACCAUGACGCCCAACUGCCUGUACGGCCUCAACCUGACAUCCCUGUCCGUCACGCACUGCAACCUGACUGCGGUGCCCUAUCUGGCUGUGCGCCACCUGGUCUAUCUCCGCUUCCUCAACCUCUCCUACAACCCCAUCGCCACCAUCGAGGGCUCCAUGCUGCACGAGCUGCUGCGGCUGCAGGAGAUCCAGCUGGUCGGGGGGCAGCUGGCGGUGGUGGAGCCCUACGCCUUCCGAGGCCUGAACUACCUGCGCGUGCUCAACGUGUCCGGCAACCAGCUGACCACACUGGAGGAGUCCGCCUUCCACUCCGUGGGCAACCUCGAGACCCUCAUCCUGGACUCCAACCCGCUGGCCUGUGACUGCCGUCUCCUGUGGGUGUUCCGGCGCCGCUGGCGGCUCAACUUCAACCGCCAGCAGCCCACGUGUGCUACGCCCGAGUUCGUCCAGGGCAAAGAGUUCAAGGACUUCCCCGACGUGCUCCUGCCCAACUACUUCACCUGCCGCCGCGCCCGCAUCCGGGACCGCAAAGCCCAGCAGGUGUUUGUGGAUGAGGGCCACACGGUGCAGUUCGUGUGCCGCGCGGAUGGAGACCCGCCGCCCGCCAUCCUCUGGCUCUCGCCCCGCAAGCACCUGGUCUCCGCCAAGAGCAACGGGCGGCUCACAGUCUUCCCCGACGGCACGCUGGAGGUGCGCUACGCCCAGGUACAGGACAACGGCACGUACCUGUGCAUCGCGGCCAACGCGGGCGGCAACGACUCCAUGCCCGCCCACCUGCACGUGCGCAGCUACUCGCCCGACUGGCCCCAUCAGCCCAACAAGACGUUCGCCUUCAUCUCCAACCAGCCGGGCGAGGGAGAGGCCAACAGCACCCGCGCCACCGUGCCUUUCCCUUUCGACAUCAAGACCCUCAUCAUCGCCACCACCAUGGGCUUCAUCUCCUUCCUGGGCGUCGUGCUCUUCUGUCUGGUGCUGCUGUUCCUCUGGAGCCGGGGCAAGGGCAACACGAAGCAUAACAUCGAGAUCGAGUACGUGCCCCGCAAGUCCGACGCCGGCCUCAGCUCCGCCGCCGACGCACCCCGCAAGUUCAACAUGAAGAUGAUCUGAGCGCAGGGCGGGGCCCCCUUUCCGGUCCUGCCCACCCCCACCCCAGCCAUGUCCUUGGCUGCCCCACGGGCCCUCACCACCUGCCCUCCCUCUACCAGGACUCAGAUGUGCCGCCCGGGGACCCCGCUGCACACGGGCACACGUGGACAGACUGGAGUGGAAGCUGACUGACCGACACACAGAAGUCAAUAAUUCAAUUUAAAAAGUUACGAACUUCCUCUGUAACUUGGGUUUCAAUAAUUAUGGAUUUUUAUGAAAACUUGAAAUAAUAAAAAGAGAAAAAAACUAUUUCCUUUAGCUAGUCGGAAUGCAAACUUUUGACGUCCUGAUUGCUCCAGGGCCCUCUUCCAACUCAGUUUCUUGUUUAUCUCCUCCUCCUCUUCCUCCCCUUCCUCCUUUCUCUCCUCUUCCCCUGUGGGGAGGGAUCACUCAGGAAAACAGGAAAGGAGGUUCCAGCCCCCCCCCACCCUGCCAGGGCAGCCUACAGGAACAGGCAGAGUGGUGGGUGUGGGCCCACCUCCCAGCUGGCUGCUUGUUGGGAGCAAGUGGAGGGGACAGGGCUGCCAAGUGGGGGCAGGGCUGUCUGCUGAGCUGCCAGGCAACACUGCUGCCAGUGUUUGGGGGCCUGGUCUCAUGUAGCUGAGACUCUGGAUAGAGGCUAGGGUCCUCCUGGAGGACAGCAUAGUCAGCAGAGAGAGCCAGGGGCCAGAGGCAGGGGACAAGGCCUAACUUCUGGUCCCAGCUAUGCCGCCAACUUGCUGUGUGGCCUGAAACAGGUCAUUAACCCUUUCUGGGCCUCAGUCUCCACAUCUGUACAGAUGGAAGCGUUACCCCUGCCCUGCCUACCUCACAGGGCUGUUGUGAGGAAUUGAUGAGAUGAUGUAUGUGAAACACUUUGUAACCUGUAAAGCGCUGUGCACACAUGUGGGUGACUGUUCUCA